AUGACGCACAGUCAAUCGGCCUCGUCGUCGUUCGACCCGUAUGCGUGGAAGAAUUUUUAUUUUGAAAUAGAUCGCGAGGAGGCGACUCGUCUGCUUUGUGAAGAUCCAGACUCUACACUGGGCACGUUCCUCAUUCGUGACUCAACCUCACCGGGCAGUUAUGCUCUUUCUGUUCGUGAGGAGUUGAGUGGUGACUUGCAAGUGCGACACUAUCUUAUAGAACCGACUUAUGAUGAGGAUGCUGGACGUACAGGUGUUAAGGUAAUAAUUUUUUAG